CGGCGUCGUCAUAACAUGGGUGUUUGGUUACUCAAUUAGCCUCGGCGGCCCUUGCUUUACAAAACGCCCUUGCAGCAUUUUAGCGGCGAACCGCGCCUCGCCCCGCGUUACGCUCUUAUCGAAGUUACCCCACCACCUGUGACGACGACAAUCUAGGCUUCCGCGAAUCCAACCACUUCAUUUCUGUGCGACAACUGUUCCUGAAUAGCGCAACGACACUUUAUUCGAUAUGGCUCCCACUAAUUCCUAUAUGUCGAAGCUGAAGGUGCAGCUGAAGUUGUCCAUUGCGCGCCUUCGCAUGGCCCAACAAAAGGAUGAAGCGGUAUCCAAACAAUCACGACGCUCCAUGGCCCAAUUAUUAGAAGCCGGCAAAAUCGAAAGCGCACGUAUCCGCGUCGAAGGCAUCAUUCGGUCCGACAUCACUUGCGAACUCUACGAGAUACUCGAACUAUACUGCGAGCUACUGCUUGCCCGUGUCGGGAUGAUGGAAAGCUCCACUUGCGACGCUGGCUUGGAAGAAGCAGUCAAGAGCAUCAUGUAUGCAGCUCCGAAGAUAGACAUCAAGGAGAUACACGUGGUCCGGGCUCUACUGGCAGACAAAUAUGGGAAGGAGUUUGCGUUGGACGCGGCGGAGAACACGGACAACAAGGUGGCCGAGAAGGUUGUCAAGAAGCUGAGGAUAGAGCCACCAUCUGAGGCUCUUGUUAACGGAUACCUGGAAGAAAUAGCAAGCACGUAUGGCGUCGACUGGCCGAAAGCGGAGCCUGGAACCCCCCCAAAGUACGCCAGUGAUGAGGACCAGGACCCCUCGAGUGGCGGCCAAGCAGAGAAAGCCCUGGAGGAACCAAUACCGGCACGCAGCAGGGUGGAGGAAGAGAGGGACGAGUUGACAAAGGCCACCCCGCCGAGAGAUUUCGGACCAAGCAGCCCAUUAAGGGUUAACCCACCUAGCCCAAGCACGGACAACCUACACCCGCGAGUCAAAGGCACCCUCGACCUGAAGCCGACAAAGAAGAUGGCGGAUGCAAACGUGACGAAGAAGCCUGACCUAAAGAGCAAAGGGCCCGUGGGCGGUACCAUUCCCGAUAUCGAUGAACUGGCGGCGCGGUUUGCAGCACUGAAGAAGUGAGCUUGUAUUGGGACAGCAGGGUGUCUGGUGUUUGUGUUGUGGCGUGCUUAGCAGCCUGAGUCAUAGGAAGGCGUUUUGACAUUUUAUGGGCGUGAUCUUCAGCGGGGGACCUUUGCAUCUUGACUGGGGAUGGAUGAAAGGAGAGGCUAGGCUGUCAAGCUAUGAAACCACG